ACCUGCCAAUAGCUAGUCGAGCUCAAACUAUGACCUGGAAUCGAUAAGUAAUCUCCCUUUACAGCAGGCAUCCCAGCAACACUUCGCACAGUCGACCAGCCAUGCGACAGCAACAGUUGCUACGGCGUGCACCAGGAGUAUUGCGCUGUUUUGCUGCUUGCCAAUCCGGCGUGCAGACGGUUGCUGCCUAUGGUCCAUGGACCGAACGACAGCUCUCGUCCGUUGCCGUUUCCACUUCGGGGCACGAAGGCCCAAAAUACUGGCAUCUGGCGUCGCUACCGCUUUUAGGACUAGCCGCUGCUGGAGUUGCCAGCGCUGACCCUAAGGACAGUCCGCAAGACGAAAGUUUCCAUCUUCUGCCUCUAGCCAGUCGCCAGCGCAUCUUUUUUAAGUAUGAAAGACGCAUACGAGACAAGAGCUCACUCGACAAGGUGUUUGAGUACUUCAGCUCCCAGGAGAAGGACAAGCUGAAGUACAUGACACCCGCUGACUUGCUUCGUGCGGUGGUGCCCACCUUCCCACCCAGCGAGUCAACCUUGGACCGGUCGGGAUUCCUCGAUGGCGAGCGGGGCAGCAGCGCCCUACAGGCCGCAUGGAAGAAGGAUCAGACGAACUUCUUUCAGCAGUUUGACGUGGACGGCGAUGGUGUGAUCUCCUACCCCGAAUUCCUUCUUGUGCUCACGCUGCUGUCCAUUCGCGAGAGCGACGUCAAGACCAUUUUUGACGUGGUGGACCUGGACGGCAACGGCGUCAUCGACUUUGCGGAGUUCAAGGUGGUCAUGGAGCUGCUGCAGGGCAUGGCCAACGUGCAUGCCUCCAAGGUCGGGCGCUCGCACAAGCUGGCGAUGACCUCUGAAUCGGGCAUCCUGCUGUCCUUCUUCGGGCGCGACGGCAGCAAGAAGCUCAACCUGCCGCAGUUCCGCGACUUCCUGGCAGCGCUGCAGCGGGAGGUGGUGCGGCUGGAGUUCGCGCACUACGACGUGACGGGCACGGGCUCCAUGCCGGCGCUGGACUUUGCACGCAGCUUGGUGACCGCCGCGGACUCCCGCCACGUGGACCAGCUGCUGGACAAGGUGGACGCCAUGAGCCCGGAGCUGCGGCGCCAGCGUGUCAGCUACGAGGAGUUCCUGCUGCUGCACCAGCUGCACCGCGGGCUGCACACGCUGGCGGUGGCGCUGGACUUCUGCAACCAGGUGGGGCGCCCCGUGCACAAGGCCGACUUCACCAAGCUGCUACAGAAGCUGCUAGGCGUGACGUUGCCGGAGCACGUGGUGGACAUCGUGUUUGUGGUGUUUGACGACGGCCGCGGGGCGCUGGACACCACCACCUUCAUAGAGGCGCUGCAGCGGCGGGAGGUCAUGUGGGCGCGGCGGAAGCACUACGACCGAGGGCUGUCCCGCUCGAAUGACCCGCCCAAGGGCAGGCUAGAGUGCAUCCAGCAGUGCAUGCGAGGCGAGGAGUAGCCCGGCACUUGGCGACUGGCGUGCGAGCACAACAUAUGCUAUGGACUGGCACGGGAGUUCGAAACAGCGGUGCAUAACAGGCAUCAGUACAUUAGUAUGCAUCAUGGGCUCAUGGUUGCUUCAAUGAAAAGUAAUCCUGGUCUUACUAAAACUGCAGAACCGCAUAAACACGGACUCUUUCGAUUAUGGUGUGGAUUCGAUUAUGGCCCAAACAAGGCCAGUUGCGUUCGCAGAACCUCCCUCUGUGGAGCAAAUUACAACUGUUUUCGUCCUGUACAUAUCUUGAUUCACAAAUCUCUCCUCCUUGAAUCCAACGAUUGGGUACACGCCGCUGCAGCGUGUAACGCCUCCCGCAUGCAACUCUAC